AUGCUUUGGAAUCCUGCAACCAGAGAAUCUAAGAGGCUUCCGUUUGUCCCUCGCCCACCUGAUUUUGUCCCUCUCCCUCUUGAUAUUUGCUUCACGAGUUACAAGUUUGGCUUUGGUAUUGAUCUCAACACAAAUGACUUCAAGGUGGUUAAAAUCACGUGCUUCUAUUCACCGCCGCAUUACCAAGUUGAAGUAUACAACCUUACUACUGAUUCUUGGAGAGUGAUUGAUGCAUCCCUCAACUCAGCCUAUUUUAUUAAAAGAUCUAAUUUUCCUUCAUACUUAAAUGGAUUCUGUUAUUGGUUGAUUUUUCGUCAGCGUUGCGACAGGGAGCAUAAUUUAUUGCUUUCCUUUGAUAUGAGCAAUGAGAUUUUCCGGGAAAUAAUGUUGCCUGAUGAUGUAGGAUCUCCUGCUGACAUUGCCAUUAUCAAUGACUCUGUAGCUGUGAUUUUUCCUACAUAUAGUAAUAGUAGUAGGAAUGACGUUGGAAUAUCAAUGGAGUAUGAAAUAUGGGUGAUGAACGAGUCUAUUGUGGAAUGUUCUUGGACUAAACUAUUUACGAUUGCAGUACCCAGCCGUCCUUUACAAUUUCGGGACGAUGGUUUGAUUGUGCUUAACGGCGGCCAUUGUGUUUCAGAUAAAUGUUUGGUAUUGUUUGAUCCAAGAACAGGAGAACUAAAGAAUCUUCCAAUAUAUGACGAAGGCUCGGAAACGUUUGUUCUGGUGAGUUACAGAGAGAGCCUAGUUUUAGUUAAUGGAUGGAGGAAUGUGCUUGAGCAACAAUACACUUGA